AUGAAGUUUUUUACGUUUUUACAUGGUGUCUCUGCCAAAGAUCGAUGGGAUUCGGAGAAGGAAACGUUGAAACGCGAGCUAGAACGUCUUCGGGAACUCGCCAAGUAUGCGGAGAAAACGACGCAAGGUAAAUCUACGCAGACCUCUCCAACGGCCGAGUAUCCGGAAGGAAGUUUCGUGAAGUUUUCGAAGUUAAAUUAUUCCAAGGCGGCUACUUCGCCUUUGGGCAGUCCGGUGGUUCACAAUGAAGCUCCUCAAGAACAACCCAUAGCCGCGGGUUCUUCGACGUCGACCGGAAGUAGUUCGCAAGACGCGAAGAGUUCGGAGAGCGAGGUGCCACAGGCUCGAACCGCACGACUAUCAUCGUCAUCCUCACCCCCAGUUUUAUCACCACCGGCGCAAAUUUCAUCCUCCAGCACAUUCUCAAGCACACCUCCACCACCGCCACCACCACCACCACCUCCGCCGUCUCCUUUCUUAGACCACCGUUCGCUCAAUAAUUCAACUUCUUCUCUGUCUCCUUCGUUUUCGAUACCACCACCGCCGCCAUUGCCCGCCUGUUCAACGUCCGCGCAGUCUAUUCCUUCGCAACGAACUACCACUUCGCUGCCAACGAUACCACCGCCUCCGCCUCCUCCACCUCCACCACCGCCACCUUUGCAACCAAUGACUGGAGAAGUGCACAGAGAAACCCCUGCACCUCCGCCACCGCCGCCGCCACCGCCAUCCCCUACACCAUCCAUCGGUAAAUUAAUAGCAUCCAUACCACCUCCUCCGCCUCCGCCGCAACCUCAGAUACCGGUAUUCAGUUCGGUACCACCGCCGCCACCGCCUCCUCCUCCAGCACCUCCGUCGCAACUGUCGUCGCAGUCUUCCUUCGGACUGCACAGCGGUCCACCGAUUCCACCACCGCCUCCUCCACCUCCGCCACCGUCGAUAGGAACGAUAUCCGGAGGAUCAUCCGCUCCGCCUCCUCCGCCACCACCUCGGACACCUUUCGGCGGAGUACCUCCACCAACACCUCCGCCACCUGGAAGCAUACCUGCUGCACCACCGCCUCCUCCUCUCAUUGGAAUACCUGGAGCACCACCUCCGCCUCCGCCUCCGGCAGGAACCGUACCGACAGGACCUUGUCCUUUACCUAUACCUCCGGUUGGAGGUUGGAACCCUGCAAGCAGAGCGUGUAUGAGAAAAGAACCUCUAUGUCCCGAGGUACCUAUGAAACCGCUCUAUUGGACGAGGAUCCUGGUACCAGUGGUGCCCACGGAACGUGGCUCCAUCGACGCUGUGGAUUCUGCCGCUCAGGGUCCACUAUGGGCGGAACUAGAGGAAGAGACAAAUCUGGACAUGAAAGAGUUCACCGGUCUGUUCUCCCGCCAAGUGACCGACAGAAAACCAGUAAAAAAGGUGGACGUCGCUUCGAAACCGUCUAAAGUGCAACCAGCGAAAAUCCUCGACUCGAAGCGAUCUACAACCGUGGGGAUACUAGAGAAGAGUUUGCACGUGGACUUUUGCGAGGUGGAGAACGCAGUUUAUAAUCUAGACACGAGUGUAGUUAGCUUGGAAGCGCUGCAACAAAUAUACGAAAUUGAAAUAGCGAGUGUGCAAGUCGCCCUUUCGCCCUAA